AUGCCCUUGGUUUUCGAAAAGGAAAUCGUGUACAAUUAUUCCCCCAUCCAUACACUCGCCUGUUUACAUCGUAAAUAUCCAAACCCAUUUGCGACUCAUGUUUUUUCAGUCGAUACUAUAGAUAGAAGUAUCGACCCUGAUACUGGUAUCAUAAGGAGUGAGAGGUUGAUAGGGAUACAACAAGGAGCUCCAAAGUGGAUCACUAGGCUAUUCCAUCUCCCACCUACCGCCUAUGUCAGAGAAGUAGUUUUUAUAGACCCAUCAAAAUCAUCAGCUACAGCCAUGUCUGUUAAUCUAUCUUUGGCUCAAUACGUAUCUUGUUUAGAACUCAUCACCUACACCCCUCUUCCAUCUCCUUCCAUUCAACCCCAAACCUCACUUCCCCUCUACCCCAUCUCAUCAGAAAAAACCAAUUCACUUUCCUCAUCUUCACUAAAUCCAGAACCAGGUUUCCCAUCCUCAGAACAAGAACAAUCAACGAACCAAACAUUAUUCUCUCAACGUGCUUACAUUUUCUCAGCUUUUCCUUCUCGUCUGAUAGCUCGUCGAUUAGAAAAAGCCUCGGUGGAUAGGUUUUCUUCCAAUGCGGAGGUGGGGAAGAAAGGGUUUGAAUGGGUUUUACAAAGAGGUUUAGUAUCGGGAGAAAUGAGAUGA